AUGGAGGAGUUCCGGCAGAACGCCGCCAAGGGCGACCUCUGCGUCUUCACCUACGGCGAAAUGGCGGCCGCCACCAAGAACUUCAGACCGGACAAGAUCCUCGGAGCCGGCGGAUUCGGAGUCGUCUACAAGGGGGUAAUCGACGAGAGCGUCAGGCAGGGAUUCCCGUUGACCCAGGUCGCCGUCAAGGAGCUCAAUCCGGAGGGAUGCCAAGGAGACGACGAGUGGCUGGUAAUUUCUUUUCUUCUCUCCUGCACAUCCAUCUGGCGCCGCCGGUAAGGGUCGUGCAUGCCAAAAGAAGAAGAAGAAAUGGGUCCCCAAUGAAGAAACUGCACCUUUUCUGAGAAUUGGGGCUUUACUUUUCCUUUUGGUUCUCGCAGGCCGAAGUCAACCAUCUGGGGCAGCUCAGCCACCCCAAUCUCGUUAAACUCAUUGGGUACUGCUGCGAGGACGACCACCGGCUGCUGGUCUACGAGUUCAUGGCCUGUGGGAGCUUGGAGAAGCAUCUCUUCCGACGUAUGCUGGCUCAGAAGCAUCUCUUCCGACUGUUUGUUUUCACGACUGGCCAGAGAUCCAUCAUCAUCAUCAUCUGACCCGUUGACUUCCAGGUGUGUGUCUGCCCAUGUCGUGGUCGACCAGGCUGAAGAUCGCGCUGGGCGCGGCGAAGGGGCUCGCUUUCCUUCACGGGGCCGAGAGGCCCAUCAUCUACCGGGACUUCAAGACCUCCAACAUCUUACUGGACGCGGUAUAUGCCCGCUCUGCCAUUCUAUAAAGGGAAAAUAAAACCUUAGAAUUGAAGGAGGGCGAGUUCCGAGAGAGAGAGAGAGAGAGAGAGGAGUGUACCUGGGAGGGAGAGGAGGCUGAUGCUAUCUCUGCUUGACGAUCCUCAGGAGUACAACGCGAAGCUCUCGGACUUUGGGCUCGCAAAGGAAGGCCCCACCGGGGACGAGACGCACGUAUCCACACGAGUGAUGGGCACGCACGGGUACGCUGCGCCGGAGUACGUCAUGACCGGUAAGAAGGCUGGCUGCCUUCACCUGUGGGAGGAGGACACCUUCAUAGCUGGCUGGCUGGCUGACGCGGGUGGUUCCUUUCUUUUUUUCUUCUUCCUUUGUCUUCUCAUAGGUCGCCUCACCGCGCGAAGCGAUGUCUAUGGCUAUGGAGUCGUCCUGCUUGAGAUGAUGACCGGGAGGAGGACCCUGGACAGGAGCCGGCCGAGCCGAGAGCAAAGCCUCGCCGAGUGGGCUCGCCCGCUGCUGGUGCACAACAGGAAGCUGAUGAAGAUCGUAGACCCGAGGAUGGAAGGGCAGUACGCCACCGGAACCAUCCAGAUGGUGGCGAGACUGGCCUACGGGUGCCUUAGCCAGAACCCCAAGCACAGACCCACCAUGCAGCAGGUAGUGCAGACCCUCGAAUUGCUCAGUGCAUUGCCGGAGAACAUGGAGUAUCCACUUCUCGACGGCGGCCGCGGAGCCGUCACUCUGUAUGAGGCUCCUAUGGAUGCAGCCGGCGGCGCCUGCGCGGAGCAGAACAAAUGCCUGGACAAAAGCAAGAGUGAGAUAGAUUCAGUGGUCCGCCGCCAGAGCGGGAGUAGAACGAGGGGAGGGAAGGGCAGAAGAAUCAAGAGCGAGGUGCCGGUGGUUUAUGAACGAGGGCACAGCCCGUGA